AAAAAAAAAAGGGUCCGUUACCGGGAGGAAGAGGGCGAGCGUCCUGCACGAGGACAGGUCACCAUGACGACAGAGACAGGUGAGCCUCAGGAGGCCAGAGAGGAGGCGGAGUCUUUCCCUGAAGCCGCCGCCCACUCCACGCCCAAACAGAGCCAAGCUCAAAGCUCCUUGGCAGAGGACUCGACGAGUCACCUGUCGUCGAGCAUCUCUCGCUCACCUGGCCGGGUGCUGAGCUUCAGGACGAUGCAGAGCCGCGUGGCGCUGCUCGACGGGUCCGAGUUCACCUGCACCGUGGAG